UGGCGUCACCGGCACGCUGCCUCUGGACGCAGUACAGCUCCCACAAACCUGGUUUGGCUUGGAAGAAUUUACGCGUCACCGCAUCGCACCGUUUAUAAACACGCUGUAUUGUGCAUCACUGCAUAUAACCCUACACGGAUACGAGUUUGCGGGUUCAAAUCUACCGUUGAACACCUGCGAGUCUUGUAGAUCCGCAUCGGCUCCUCGUCAAGGUAUUGUCAGGCGACACGUAGACACCAGCGGGCAUAAAAACGUGACAUACUAUAAGCGCAGCCAGCAGCCGAAGGCAAGGCGCACACGGCGUUGCACAGCUCGCGGCGGACGGGAUACGGAUCGUGGCACGUCUGGGGAUGACACUAAAUGGUGUGCGUGUCGCAAUAAAUUGUCGGCAGAGUGACUGCCAGCGGUGCGGACUGUAGCAUCGGCAGCAAGAUCAGAUCCUCAGGCAGGCGUUUAGAGGUCAAGCUGGCCAGGAAUCAGCGAGUGCAGCAGGCAUAGCAGCAGGCGCCAGUGCACCAGCGUGAGAGCAGGGAGCAGAGGCGAGAGCAGAGGCGAGAGCAGAGGCGAGAGCAGAGGCGAGAGCGGAGGCGAGAGCAUGCGGUUCAAGGCGAUUCUCACCACGGACGGGGUGAUUCUCCUCGAGCAACGGUUCUUGCCAGCGUUUGAGCGCAUAGGCAAGCUGUGCCACUUGUACCUGACGCCGUCGGACCUCUUCCUCAUGCACCACAUGCUCUCCGCUGACGGCGUGCAGGCCAUCGCCCAGUUCCCCACCGCGGAGCUGUUUUCGGAGCAUCUGAUCAGCAGCGCCAGUGCAGACCGCAUCGCCUUCUCGCUGGACCUCUCGCUGCUGGCGCGCGCGCUGCGCUCCUCCCUCGCCACGGGGGCGGCGCGCCACCUGCUCAAGCUCGUCAAGAAGAGCAGCAGCCCCAACGCGCCCGCGCUGCCCUUCCUCUCACUCGAAGCUAAGGGCGAGCGGUCCAGCAUCGUGCAGGACAUCCCCAUCUCGUCGCCGCUGCCGCGUUCGCAGCUCAACGAGUUGCAAGCCGGCAUCGACCUUGUGCACACACUGCCCGAGACCCUGGUGCAGCUGCCGGACCUGCCGUCGCUGCGCCAGCUGAUGGAGCGCCUGCAGAGCGUGGGGGACGUGGCUGACGUGGCGACCAUGAGGUGUGGCGCGCUGGCCAUGCGCACGCAGACGCCCUCCAUCAGCAUUGCUGCGCAGUUCAGGAACCUCAGGGUGUUCGGCGCCAAUGCAGAGAGCCAGCAGAGUGGGGCAGACCCGGGGGCGGGCAGCAGGCAGGGCGGAGGGUCGGAGGAGGAGGCAGAGGCGGACAUCUCGGGGCUGUCGACGCGUCUGAGACAGAUGCAGGCCACGGGCGAUGCGACGGUGGUGUCCGUGAGUCUGAAGCACCUGGCGCGCAGCCUGCAGUGCUACCUCACCCGCCCCGACGCCUCCUACUGCGGCGUGGCGCCCAACGAGGCGUGUCUGCUGAUGAUCUUCCAGUACGCCAACUCGCCCAUCAGCCUGCAGUACCGCCUGCCGCUCCUCGAUCCGGGGUAGAGCGUGCCCGCUGCACCCCCUGCCUGGCGCUCUUCACAGCGGUGGCACGCUGGCUUUCACAACAGCUCGCUGUGCGUGCAGCGCUCAACACACCGCCCUUCCGAUUUUCCGCGUACAACACUUCUCUACGACUGAAAUCUGCUACUGGUACCAUACCAUACAAGUGUUCAAUUAUAUAUAUGUUAUAUAAUUGUAGGCUUGGUAGGCGUAACUGAAACUUACUGUAGAGGGUACAACACCCCUCCUUGUAUCCCUUUCUCUUCUAUUCUCAACCCUCUUUUCUCU